AUAAACCCAAAACUCUCACGUUAAUAUAAUUACGGAGUAAUCAUCUUCUUGAAUUGGGCAAUCAAGAACCUCACCACAAUGACAAGAACAGCAAACGAUUAGCUAGCCGGACAUGGAUGGCGGCGACAACGACUGGGAUCUCUCCGCAGUUGUGAGGGGAAGAAGAAGAAGUUGCAGAAACCACAACAAUGGCGAUUCUAGUAAGUGUAACCCCCAAUGUGUCAAUGACGAUCACGGCUCUCCUGGCCAACAGCAGCCAGAGAGCCGUGAUGAUCAUGUAAAAACACGCUACUUUGGCUUAGAAGAAGUCAUUGACCGCUUCAUCAACCGAGAGAAGGAAAGUGGGAGGGAGGGCCCACAGGCCGGUCAGAUGACCGACCCGUGCCCGGCGGCUCUGAGGCCACAGAGCCGGCGGGGAAUGUUGCCGCCGGGAAAAGAAGUGCGCGUGGUUGAGGUUGUGCCGGAGAGGGUGGAGGAGUGGGACGGGUGGGUGUGGCGCAAGUAUGGGAAGAAGAAGGUGUGUGAUUCGCCGCACACGAAGAGCUAUUACCGGUGCAGCCAUGAGGGGAACACCAAGUGCCCUGCAAAGAAACAUGUCCAGCAAAGUCUAGGGGACGAGACCAAGUUCGUCCUUACCUACAGAGGACAGCACAACCACCUUCCUCCUGUCGAGAGCAACGCAACCAAACGUAGGAAGAGGAACGCAAGUUCCUAAUCAUCCUACCUGCAAAUUUUUGUGCUACCAAACAGCAGAAUGAGAAUUGAAGUUCUCAAUUCCGAUUCCGUGGCUUGAAUUCUG